CACACACACACACACACGUACGCACACGCAUUCCUCUCUAGUCGCUGUGAGGGGCAGGCUCAGAGCAUGCUAGAAGCCCAGAGCAAAGUCAUUCAGUCGCACGGUCACACACAGAGGAAACAUAGAGAGAGAAACAGAGAAAGAGAGAGAGAGCGCCAGGGGAGGUCUGACAACACUCCAGACUACAUCUUCAUGGACGCUGUCUUGCUUUCUUCAUAACUGCACAGCUGCAUUUCACAUGCACUUCCAACCAGUUUCUCAAGGCUUCAGUUUUUCCCCAGAAGACCAACUUGAUAUAAAGAUAGGAAGUGUCUUGUGAGUCGGUGACAGGAUCAAUAAUGACCUCCAGGCAACGGUCCAGUCCGGACGUGACCACCACGUGCCCCAAGCCAUCCGUACAUCUCUGCUCAUACUGAUUCCACCUGACUUUGGACUAAAGAAACCAGGGGCACCCUCAAGCGAACUUUGAUAUUUGUGACCUCACCCUCCCCUCCAGCUCCUGCCAUGUGGUGGGGUUGGUUCAUGUGCCGCUGCUUGUCCCUGGCAGCGCUGCUGGUGGUAGCAGACUGCGGAGGGGCUGAGCAACGAAGAACAGCAGAAGACGGACUCAGAAGCUCCACGGCGAAAGCCAACAGCAGCAGUGGUCGGAAAUAUCACCGGAUCCAACACGGACAGUGUAGCUACACUUUCAUCCUUCCGGAAGGUGAUGGAGGCACUUGUCGAGAGUUCAAAGCCGGCACGCCGCACAAUGUCAACGCGCUUCAACGGGAUGCUCCUCAACCUGAAGCGGACUUCUCCAACCAGAAGAUCCAGCAGCUGGAGCACGUCAUGGAGAACUAUACGCAGUGGUUACAAAAGAUUGAGAACUACAUCAAAGACAAUAUGAAGACAGAAAUAGUGCAGUUACAACAAAGUGCCGUUCACAACCACACGGCGGCCAUGUUAGAGAUGGGCACCAGUCUUCUCUCCCAAACAGCUGAGCAGACGCGCAAGCUAACCGAUGUCGAGACACAGGUUUUAAAUCAGACAUCAAGGUUGGAAAUUCAGCUGCUGGAGAAUUCGCUAUCCACCAACAAGCUGGAGAAACAACUUAUGAUACAGAUAAAUGAAAUCAACAAGAUCCACGACAAGAACGGGUUUUUGGAGGUGAAAAUGCAGGAGAUGGAGGAUAGGCACAGAGAAGAGCUAGAGACCCUGCGGGAGGAGAAAAGCAGUCUGCAGGCGCUGGUUAGCAGGCAGAGCUCAGUGAUCCGGGAGCUGGAGGCCCAGCUGAGUCGAGCGACCGGUAACAGCACCGCCCUGCAGAGACAACAGCAGGACCUGAUGGAUAACGUACGCAAACUGCUCAGCCUCUGCCCCAAGGAUGGAGUUAUAGCAUUGGUGCCAAACAGCACAAAGCAAGCUGAUGAGGAGAGGAAAUUCCAGGACUGUGCUGACCUCUACCAAGCGGGAUUCCAGAAGAAUGGAGUUUACACUAUCAAUAUUAGCCCACAAGAGACUAAAAAGGUGUACUGCAACAUGGAGUCUGCGGGCGGAGGCUGGACUGUAGUCCAAAGACGUGAGGAUGGUAGCGUGGACUUCCAGAGAACGUGGAAAGAAUAUAAAAUGGGCUUUGGGAGCGUGACGGCCGAACACUGGCUGGGAAACGAGUUUGUGCACAUUCUGACCAAUCAGAGGCAGUUUGCCCUCCGUGUGGAGCUGACCGACUGGGACGGACACCAGGCCUUCUCUCAGUACGACAGUUUCCACAUCGACAGUGAAAAACACAAUUACAGGCUGUUCCUGAAGAGCCACAGCGGGACGGCGGGCAGACAGAGCAGUCUGGCAAUCCACGGCGCUGACUUCAGCACUAAAGACAUGGACAAUGACAACUGCACAUGCAAAUGUGCACUGAUGCUCAGCGGGGGAUGGUGGUACGAUGCAUGUGGCCCAUCCAACCUGAACGGGGUGUACUACAGACAAGGACAACAUGUUGGAAAAUUCAAUGGAAUCAAGUGGCACUAUUUCAAAGGCCCCAGCUACUCUCUCCGAUCCACUGUCAUGAUGAUUCGACCGGCAGACUUCUCGUAGUUCUCCCCAAAUAGCUCAAAACAUUUUGAAAAAGUGUUACUUUUUGGCCCAUGACAUUAUCAAGUAACACUGUAUAAGUGGUUAGCUGCUUGCCAUGUGGAUAAUGCAGCACUCUUUUGAGAUAACACCUCUCUAGGAAACAGGAAUCCUGUGAAUAGGAGGCUGUCCUAUCACCUUUGUGGGACUACAUAGGACAUGGCAUGCUCUUUGGGAAUUUAGGGCAGGAGUUGACUUGGCUGGGCUUUUAUUUUUAAAUAUAAGAGGUAUGAAUUCAAGUGCCAUUCACUUGUCACUCAGGACCUGUGGACUGCUGAGGCAGGCACAUCACCUUUGAUGGUAGCAGACUGGGCUGCAUCGCCCAAAAAUCGCCCUGUGCUUUUCUGGCUUUCGAGUCUCCAAGUGAAUUUAAAGCAGCUUGAAUGUCCUUCAAUAUCCUAAAAGGACCUAUUAAUGUUUAAUACAAAUGUGUUGCACAGUUAUAUUUGGGUUGUGAUACUUCACAUUUUUAUGCUUUUUUUAUCCCAGUAUAUUAUUAUUAUUUUUAUUUUGUACAUUAUUCCUGUCAAAGUGAAGAAAACCAUAGCAUGCAGCAUUAACGGUGACUUACAGUGCUAUUUACAAGGGACAUUUUGGGCAAAGAAUAGCACGUUCUCCAGCCUGACUGUAUUGAUUGUGCGAACUGCAUUAUUAUUAUUGGCUCUGAACUUUGGUGACCUUUGAAGCACAUCAUAACUUGGCAUAACAUUUUGAAAUGCAUGCCAAAGAUCACAGCUAUUAAAGAUAAUACCAUAAAAAUAUUGAUCUAAUAUUAAUCAUCGUUACAACUGAUGGACUAAAGCCAAUGGCACAUAUGGUACUGGUGCAGUAUAAUACAUAUAAUAAUGUUUUAAUUCAUUCAAACCAUAUUGUCAUAUUAGGAUUGUGUUGCAGCUCUUGUCAAAAGCAGUGUUACUCGAGCUUGAAGUUUUUAAAUUUAUCCUUGAACCUAAGAUUAUAGGUUUGCAAAAGUGUUUAAUAAUUCUGAAUGACUGUAUUAUUGAAAGGAAACGUCUGAGUUUCAUUUGUACAUUAAGUUUAUUUGUAGCAAGAUCGUAGGGUCGGUUCACACAGGCUGUGUUUUUGUGUUUCGUUAUACCACUUUGAACUGUUUUCACAUAUAAACCUUUGCUAAAUGGCUGUCUUUGACUGUUAUGCUAGGUUUUUCCUGCUUUUAUAGCAUUGUGUGCUGAAAAAGCAGCUGUUGUUAACAAACCAAGUGAAUUUAGAAGUUAAAUCUGCAUCCUUUUUCAUUCCAUCCACUGUGUGAUCCAGACAUCAAGACUUUUGGUAACAAUGUACAAUAAGUUUCCAUUUGUUAACAUUAGUUCAGUACAUCAGUUAAGGAAAAAUACUUCUGAGCAUUUAUCUUUGUUAAUGUUAAUUUUAACAUUUACUAAUACGAUAUUUAAAUCCAAAGUUCUGUAUCUUGUAUCUUGUAUCAUGUUAAUUAAUGAACCUGAGCCAACAUGAACAAUGAACAGAUGUAUUUUUAAUAAUUAACAUUAACAAUGAUUAACAAAUGCUGCAACAAAUGUAUUGCUUAUUAUGAAGUUAAUGCAUUAAUCAGUGUUAACUAAUGGGACCUUAUUGUAAAGUGUUACUGGACUUCAACGAUUAGUUCACUUCCAGAAUAAAAAUUUCCUGAUCAUUUAAUCACCCCCAUGUCAUCCAAGAUUUUCAAGUCUUUCUUUCUUUAAUCGAAAGAAGUUAAGGUUUUUGAGGAAAACAUUCCAGGAUUUUUCUCCAUAUAGUGGACUUUAACGGGAGCCAGUGGAUUUCAAUGCUACUUUAAAGGGCUCUACAUGAUCCCAGUCGAGGAAUAAGGGUCUUAUCUAGCGAAACAAUCGGUGAUAAAAAAAAAAAAAAAAAUGUAGAUACUUUUUAACCACAAUCUCAUCUUGCACCAGCUCUGCGAUUCUUGUCUACAACUUAACGUGGGGUUUUGUUUCAUGUUCAUGUUUUCAUGUCUUUUAUUUUAAAGUGUGGUCAUGGUCUAGUGAAGUUUGGUCAUGGACAGUGAAGUUUUGGUCACUGUCUAGCCAUGUGUUUCCCUUGUUGCUCUUGUAUCCCUGCCUUGUCAGAGAUUUUCUUACUAUAGGGAGAUGAGAGGGUCUGUAUUACUUACCAUUGGAGGAAGUGUAACGGCUAACUUGGUUCACUCCCUUAAUGACCAAUCACUUUACAAAUUUUGACGUCAUUGAAUUUCAGUCAGAGUUGUGCGCAAAUCGCCGUUUACAGAUACCAUAGGAAUAACUGAGAAGUGCGGUAAGCUGAAUCCCACCUGUCUCUUAAAAAACAGCAUUUUUUAUUGUAAACUCUAAAAAUAGUUCAAUCCAAAAGUAGUGUUUAGUUUAAAACAUGUUUAAGAUUAGCAGAUAGCCUGUCGAUUCAUUAAAUGAUAAGCUGUUUCCUCUAAAAAGCUGUUUAUUCAGAGUAGUAAAGCCUCUCCUCCAUUGACAUCCAUUAAAAAAAACACCAUCUGGUCCCAUUUUCCACGUACUGUCAGACCGGAAGUGUUAACUUUAGCCGCUAUGCUUUUUCAGCUAAUGGUUGCAGGCUUGCCUUCUAGCAGCUUUGCUGCCUUGUGUAUGUGUCAUGUUCUCAUUGUUUGUUCUAGUCAUGUGUCUUUUUCCUCAUUGGUUGGUUUGUGUCAUGUGACCCUCAUUGUUUGCUAUAAGUAUCCCUCAUGUUGCCAGUGUCUCUUCUUGUGUAUUGAUGUUGUAACCUGCUGUCGUUGAGUUUGUAAAGUCUGUUCAUGCCAAGUCAAGUCUGUUUAUGUCAAGUCUGUUUGAGUCAAGUCUUUGUUUAUUGUUUGGAUUUUGGAUUUCACAUUGUUAAUAAACUGCGCUUGGGUUUAUCUACUACUCACCAUCAGUGGACUAAAUUGUUAUGACGUAUUACGCAAUGACGUUGGAAAGGGCACACACAAUUAGUUCUUUGUCUGUGUACUU